AUGGAGAUAACUGGGACGGCCCACUCUGAGAUAACUGGGACGUUCCACUCUGGGGCGGUCCACUCUGGGGCGGUCCACUCUGGGGCGGUCCACUCUGGGGUGGUCCACUCUGGAACGGCCCACUCUGGAAUGGCCCACUCUGGGGCGGUCCACUCUGGGGUGGUCCACUCUGGAACGGCCCACUCUGGAAUGGCCCACUCUGAGGCGGUCCACUCUGGGACGGCCUACUCUGAGAUAACUGGGACGGUCCACUCUGGGGCGGUCCACUCUGGAACGGUCCACUCUGAAACGACCGACAGUUUGUGUAACUCCGAGGUCCACUUGGACAAAGACCAACCAUUAAAACUACAUUUGUUCCUUUUCAUGCCUUGGGAUUCUGAACCAGGGAAGAGAGAAUUGGAGGAGACCCUGGUGCGGCUGGUGAACGGGUCCGGGCUCCACGAAGGUCGGGUGGAGGUGUUCCACGAGCAGCGCUGGGGCACGGUGUGUGACGACAUGUGGGACAAGAAAGACGGGGACGUGGUCUGCCGGAUGUUAGGGCACCGAGGGGCCGCCGAGGUGCACAAGACCGGGCGCUUCGGACAAGUCACAAAAGAUGGUGCCAAGGUCGAGGCUUGGGGUGGGGUUCGGUGUGGCCUGUGUGUUGUGUUGUGUGGCCUGUGUGUGGUGUGGCCUGUGUGUUGUGUGGCCUGUGUGUUGUGUUGUGUGGCCUGUGUGUUGUGUGGCCUGUGUGUUGUGUGGCCUGUGUGUGGUGUGGCCUGUGUGUUGUGUGGUGUGGCCUGUGUGUUGUGUGGCCUGUGUGUUGUGUGGCCUGUGUGUUGUCUGGCCUGUGUUGUGGUGUGGCCUGUGUGUGGUGUGGCCUGUGUGUUGUGUGGUCUGUGUGUGUUGUGUGGCCUGUGUGUUGUGUUGUGUGGCCUGUGUGUGGUGUGGCCUGUGUGUUGUGUGGCCUGUAUGUUGUGUGGUGUGGCCUGUGUGUUGUGUGGCCUGUGUGUUGUGUGGUCUGUGUGUGUUGUGUGGCCUGUGUGUUGUGUGGCCUGUGUGUUGUGUGGCCUGUGUGUGGUGUGGCCUGUGUGUUGUGUGGUGUGGCCUGUGUGUUGUGUGGCCUGUGUGUUGUGUGGCCUGUGUGUUGUGUGGCCUGUGUGUUGUGUGGUCUGUGUGUGUUGUGUGGCCUGUGUGUUGUGUGGCCUGUGUGUUGUGUGGCCUGUGUGUGGUGUGGCCUGUGUGUUGUGUGGUGUGGCCUGUGUGUUGUGUGGCCUGUGUGUGGUGUGGCCUGUGUGUGGUGUGGCCUGUGUGUGGUGUGGCCUGUGUGUGGUGUGGCCUGUGUGUGGUGUGGCCUGUGUGUUGUGUGGUCUGUGUGUGUUGUGUGGCCUGUGUGUUGUGUUGUGUGGCCUGUGUGUGGUGUGGCCUGUGUGUUGUGUGGCCUGUAUGUUGUGUGGUGUGGCCUGUGUGUGGUGUGGCCUGUGUGUUGUGUUGUGUGGCCUGUGUGUUGUGUGGUCUGUGUGUGUUGUGUGGCCUGUGUGUUGUGUUGUGUGGCCUGUGUGUGGUGUGGCCUGUGUGUGGUGUGGCCUGUGUGUUGUGUUGUGUGGCCUGUGUGUUGUGUGGCCUGUGUGUUGUGUUGUGUGGCCUGUGUGUUGUGUGGUGUGGCCUGUGUGUGUUGUGUGGUGUGGCCUGUGUGUGGUGUGGCCAGUGUGUUGUGUUGUGUGGCCUGUGUGUGGUGUGGCCAGUGUGUUGUGUUGUGUGGCCUGUGUGUUGUGUAGUGUGGCCUGUGUGUUGUGUUGUGUGGCCUGUGUGUUGUGUGGCCUGUGUGUUGUGUUGUGUGGCCUGUGUGUGGUGUGGCCUGUGUGUUGUGUGGCCUGUGUGUUGUGUGGCCUGUAUGUUGUGUUGUGUGGCCUGUGUGUUGUGUGGUGUGGCCUGUGUGUGGUGUGGCCUGUGUGUUGUGUGGCCUGUGUGUUGUGUUGUGUGGCCUGUGUGUGGUGUGGCCUGUGUGUUGUGUGGCCUGUGUGUUGUGUUGUGUGGCCUGUGUGUUGUGUGGUGUGGCCUGUGUGUGGUGUGGCCUGUGUGUUGUGUUGUGUGGCCUGUGUGUUGUGUUGUGUGGUGUGGCCUGUGUGUGUGUGUGUGGUGUGGCCUGUGUGUGGUGUGGCCAGUGUGUUGUGUUGUGUGGCCUGUGUGUUGUGUAGUGUGGCCUGUGUGUUGUGUGGCCUGUGUGUUGUGUGGCCUGUGUGUGUUGUGUGGCCUGUGUGUUGUGUGGCCUGUGUGUGUUGUGUGGCCUGUGUGUUGUGUAGUGUGGCCUGUGUGUUGUGUUGUGUGGCCUGUGUGUUGUGUGGUGUGGCCUGUGUGUGUUGUGUGGUGUGGCCUGGGUGUGGUGUGGCCUGUGUGUUGUGUGGCCUUGUGACCUGUGUGUUGUGUUGUGUUGCCUGUGUGUUGUGUGGCCUGUGUUGUGUUGUGUGGCCUGUGUGUGGUGUGGCCUGUGUGUUGUGUGGCCUGUGUGUUGUGUUGUGUGGCCUGUGUGUUGUGUGGCCUGUGUGUUGUGUGGCCUGUGUGUGGUGUGGCCUGUGUGUUGUGUGGUGUGGCCUGUGUGUUGUGUGGCCUGUGUGUUGUCUGGCCUGUGUGUGGUGUGGCCUGUGUGUGGUGUGGCCUGUGUGUUGUGUGGUGUGGCCUGUGUGUUGUGUGGUCUGUGUGUGUUGUGUGGCCUGUGUGUUGUGUUGUGUGGCCUGUGUGUGGUGUGGCCUGUGUGUUGUGUGGCCUGUAUGUUGUGUGGUGUGGCCUGUGUGUGGUGUGGCCUGUGUGUUGUGUGGCCUGUGUGUUGUGUGGUCUGUGUGUGUAGUGUGGCCUGUGUGUUGUGUGGCCUGUGUGUUGUGUGGUCUGUGUGUGUUGUGUGGCCUGUGUGUUGUGUGGCCUGUGUGUUGUGUGGCCUGUGUGUGGUGUGGCCUGUGUGUUGUGUGGUGUGGCCUGUGUGUUGUGUGGCCUGUGUGUUGUGUGGCCUGUGUGUUGUCUGGCCUGUGUGUGGUGUGGCCUGUGUGUGGUGUGGCCUGUGUGUGGUGUGGCCUGUGUGUGGUGUGGCCUGUGUGUUGUGUGGUGUGGCCUGUGUGUUGUGUGGUCUGUGUGUGUUGUGUGGCCUGUGUGUUGUGUUGUGUGGCCUGUGUGUGGUGUGGCCUAUGUGUUGUGUGGCCUGUAUGUUGUGUGGUGUGGCCUGUGUGUGGUGUGGCCUGUGUGUUGUGUUGUGUGGCCUGUGUGUUGUGUGGUCUGUGUGUGUUGUGUGGCCUGUGUGUUGUGUUGUGUGGCCUGUGUGUGGUGUGGCCUGUGUGUUGUGUGGCCUGUGUGUUGUGUGGUGUGGCCUGUGUGUGGUGUGGCCUGUGUGUUGUGUUGUGUGGCCUGUGUGUUGUGUGGCCUGUGUGUUGUGUUGUGUGGCCUGUGUGUUGUGUGGUGUGGCCUGUGUGUGUUGUGUGGUGUGGCCUGUGUGUGGUGUGGCCAGUGUGUUGUGUUGUGUGGCCUGUGUGUGGUGUGGCCAGUGUGUUGUGUUGUGUGGCCUGUGUGUUGUGUAGUGUGGCCUGUGUGUUGUGUUGUGUGGCCUGUGUGUUGUGUGGCCUGUGUGUUGUGUUGUGUGGCCUGUGUGUGGUGUGGCCUGUGUGUUGUGUGGCCUGUGUGUUGUGUGGCCUGUAUGUUGUGUUGUGUGGCCUGUGUGUUGUGUGGUGUGGCCUGUGUGUGGUGUGGCCUGUGUGUUGUGUGGCCUGUGUGUUGUGUUGUGUGGCCUGUGUGUGGUGUGGCCUGUGUGUUGUGUGGCCUGUGUGUUGUGUUGUGUGGCCUGUGUGUUGUGUGGUGUGGCCUGUGUGUGGUGUGGCCUGUGUGUUGUGUUGUGUGGCCUGUGUGUUGUGUGGCCUGUGUGUUGUGUUGUGUGGUGUGGCCUGUGUGUGUUGUGUGGUGUGGCCUGUGUGUGGUGUGGCCAGUGUGUUGUGUUGUGUGGCCUGUGUGUUGUGUAGUGUGGCCUGUGUGUUGUGUGGCCUGUGUGUUGUGUGGCCUGUGUGUGUUGUGUGGCCUGUGUGUUGUGUGGCCUGUGUGUGUUGUGUGGCCUGUGUGUUGUGUAGUGUGGCCUGUGUGUUGUGUUGUGUGGCCUGUGUGUUGUGUGGUGUGGCCUGUGUGUGUUGUGUGGUGUGGCCUGGGUGUGGUGUGGCCUGUGUGUUGUGUGGCCUGUGCGUGUAG